GUUCAUGUGUCCUCCGUGCCAGAAACAUCACAGGUAGAGAAAGUGGGUUGGACUAGAAAAGUAUCCCGGAAAAAUAGUGUAAAGAUAUUUUCCUUCAUCGUUCGAGGAAAAGAAAACUCGCCAGUGAAGUGUUCGUGUUGUGAUUUAAUCUAUUUCCAAGUGCGUAGCUGUACGACUUUGAGCAAACCUCAUUCCUUUACCAUCACGGCCGUCUCCGCGGAGCCAUUACUGUCUGAGACGUAAUCGCAGUCGAGACGAAAAAAGUUUCGCUCAAGAAAAUCGAAUGAAUUGUGGAAAACAUGGCGUGUGCUAGUACGUCGUCAGCGGCCAGUAUGGAAGUGGUCAGUACGGCACCAACCAACGUUGCUGCGGCCGCCCGACCCUCACGCUUCACGAUGGAAGGUGUGGGGUCACGGGUCAUCCGCGGACCCGACUGGAAGUGGGGCAAGCAGGACGGCGGAGAAGGACACGUCGGAACGGUUCGUAACUUCGAGUCGCAGGAGGAGGUGGUGGUCGUGUGGGACAACGGAACGGCGGCCAACUAUCGGUGCGCCGGCGCAUACGAUUUGCGAAUCCUGGACAGUGCCCCGACCGGCAUCAAACACGAGGGAACGAUGUGCGACACCUGCCGGCAGCAACCCAUCUUCGGCAUCCGGUGGAAGUGUGCCGAGUGUAACAACUACGAUCUGUGCUCGAUCUGCUACCACAGCGACAAACACCAUCUGCGCCAUCGGUUCCACCGGAUUACGACCCCCGGCGGGGAGAAGACGCUGCUGGAACCGAGGAGGAAAACGAAAAAGAUUGCCGUGCGGGGAAUUUUCCCCGGCUCGCGUGUUGUUCGAGGCGUUGACUGGCAAUGGGAAGAUCAGGACGGUGGCAACGGGCGGCGCGGGAAGGUGAAUGAAAUCCAGGACUGGUCCUCGGCAUCACCCCGUUCCGCCGCGUACGUUGUGUGGGACAACGGGGCGAAGAAUCUAUACCGCGUCGGGUUCGAGGGAAUGGCCGACCUGAAGGUGGUGAACGAUGCCAAGGGUAUGACGGUGUACCGCGAUCAUUUACCACUGCUCGGCGAGUACGGACCGGGUCGGGGUCCGCACAAUUUCCAGAUCGGCGACCAGGUGACGGUGGAUCUGGACAUCGAAAUCGUGCAAUCGCUGCAGCACGGUCACGGCGGCUGGACCGACGGGAUGUACGAGUGUCUCAGCACCACUGGCACGGUCGUUGGUAUCGAUGAAGAUCACGACAUUGUUGUGGCGUACCCGAGCUCCCACCGGUGGACGUUCAAUCCGACGGUGCUGACGAUCGUUUCCUCGCCCGUUUCCAUGCUGACCGACAACGAGCCGAAACAGUUUGCAGUGGGUGAUUUUGUGAAGAUUUGCAGCGAUCUGGAGCGCAUCAAGAUUCUUCAGCGAGGACAUGGCGAGUGGGCCGAAGCGAUGGUUCCGACCCUGGGAAAGGUUGGCCGCGUCCAGCAAGUGUAUCAUGAUAAUGACCUGAAAGUAGAGGUUUGUAACACAUCUUGGACGUACAAUCCACUUGCCGUAACCAAAGUGGCUUCAUCCUCAGAUGCUGCCACCGCCGUUACGACGAACGGUGAACGGCUUUCGGCGAUAUUAAAGAAAUUGUUCGAACCGCACGCAUCCGGCGAUACGACCGAAGAGCUAGUGAAGGCCGCCGCAAACGGUGACGUUUCGAAGGUCGAGGAGUUCCUCGCCGGAACGACGGUUAUUCAGAAUGGUGGACCGUCCUCAUCCGCCAGCUCAUCCGAAUCGCAGUCCGUGGUGAAGGUGGACGUGAAUGGCGUCUUUGCCGGUCAUACGGCGCUACAAGCGGCCAGCCAGAAUGGACACCUGGAGGUGAUUCAAGUGCUGCUGCGCUACCAGGCCGACGUUGAGAUCGAGGAUAAGGAUGGCGAUCGUGCCGUGCACCAUGCCGCGUUCGGGGAUGAACCGGCCGUGAUGGGCCUGUUGGCCAAAGCAGGGGCCGACCUGAACGCGCGCAACAAACGCCGCCAAACUGCACUGCACAUCGCGGUCAAUAAGGGACACUUCAACGUGGUGAAAACGCUACUGGAACUGAGCUGCCACCCGAGCCUGCAGGAUUCCGAGGGUGACACACCGCUGCACGAUGCCAUCUCGAAGGAGCACGACAACAUGCUCUCGCUGCUGCUGGACUACGGCGCGGACAUACGGCUGACGAACAACAACGGUUUCAACGCGCUCCAUCAUGCCGCCCUGAAGGGAAAUCCGAGCGCGAUGAAGAUACUUCUCACCAAAACCAACCGCCUGUGGAUCGUGGAGGAGAAAAAGGACGAUGGCUAUACGGCGCUCCAUCUCGCCGCAUUGAACAACCACGUGGAGAUAGCGGAGCUGCUCGUGCGAAUGGGGAAAGCCAACAUGGACUGUCAGAACGUAAACCUGCAGACGGCACUUCACCUGGCGGUCGAGCGACAACACGUGCAGAUCGUCAAGCUGUUGGUGCGCGAGGGCGCGAAUCUAAACAUUCCAGACAAGGACGGCGAUACGCCGCUGCACGAGGCGCUUCGGCAUCACACACUCUCACAACUGCGUCAGCUGCAGGAUGUGGAAGGAUUCGGGAAAAUAUUGAUGGGAUUGCGAAAUAACACGGACAAGAAAGCAUCGGCUUCGAUUGCAUGCUUCCUGGCAGCGAAUGGGGCCGAUUUGACCAUCAAGAACCGGAAACUGCAGACUCCAUUGGAUCUUUGUCCCGAUCCCAACCUCUGCAAGACUCUGAUUAAGUGUUACAACGAGCGUAAGACGGAAGAUAUGGACAUGACGGCUGCAAGUGGCGGUGCCCUUGUCCAACCGAAUGUACUGAGACCGACGGGUGCGGGUCCAUCGACAUCCGGCGAGCCGUCAACGUCGAGCUCAUCGUCCACGGCCAACGCAUGUCUCGCGGGCUCUUCCAGCGGAGCUAGUUCUAGUGGACUAUCGCAUGCGCAAAUCGAUCCAAACCUGCUGUUGGAUCUAAGUAAAAUGUCCAUUCAGCCGAACGUAGCCGGUGGAGCUAAUACGAACGUGUGUGUGCACAAUAGUAACGCUAGUAGUGGGGCUGCCACCGCAAUCGCAGCCGUCACUGCAAAUGGCGCAGCCGGUGGUAGUGGUCCGCUCGAUGAAUGCCUGCUCUGCUCGGACCAGAAACGGGACACCGUCUUCAAGCCAUGCGGGCACGUGGUUUGCUGCGAGAACUGUGGGCCUCGUAUCAAGAAGUGUCUCAUCUGUCGCGAGUCCGUGCUGGCGCGGGAGAAGAUCGACGAGUGUUUGGUUUGCUCCGAUCGGAAGGCGUCGGUAUUCUUCAAACCAUGCGGGCACAUGGUGGCCUGUGAGCAUUGCGCUCCGAUCAUGAAGAAGUGCGUCCAGUGUCGCACACAACUCGAGCAGAUGGUGCCACUGUCGGUGUGCAGCGGAGGUCAGGGAAGCGUCAUCAACAUUCAGCACCAUCCGGACGAGCCGGGUAAAAAAGACCACCACCAGCACAAUCACAACUCAUCUCAGCACCAGCUGUUGCAAGGUACAAACAAGGCAGGCCUUGGCGUUGCUAUGAACAACACAAUGUCGCCCAACACUAGUUCGAUGGUGGCGGGUGUGCUUAGCAACGGUAUCCUGAGUGCAGGAGGGGGAGGAGGAGGAGGAGGCGGUUCUGCAUCUAGUAGCAACAGCACGACGCUUACUACGACCAACAACACUGGGGCGACUGGAUCAUCCACCACCGUAGCUCCGAAUAAUCUCAACCUCGUCGACGACUUCCAAAAGCUCCAGCAACAGCUACAGGACAUUAAGGAACAGACAAUGUGCCCGGUAUGCUUUGAUCGUAUUAAAAAUAUGGUGUUCCUGUGCGGCCAUGGCACAUGCCAGAUGUGCGGUGACCAAAUAGACGGUUGUCCAAUCUGUCGCAAGACGGUGGAGAAGCGUAUUCUUCUGUUUUAGACGCACAACGGACGAUCGGAAAAAGGAAACGGAAUCGGACCGAUAUGCCGAUAUGCAUAUCGGCAACAUCUGCACUGCAGUAGCAUCUUGGCUAAUUUGUUUGACGCUCAUUGCAAAUUUUAUUUUCAAAUGGCCUUUUAUCUAAACUGAUCUCUUGAAUUCAAUGCCCCUGAACAAGUUAUCUAAGAAAAGAAUACAAGAAAACAGACAUAAGUGAUGCUAUGUUUAAGUAGUAUUGUCCGUAUAUUUUGUGCGACAGAGCACAAUAGACGUAAAUUGCACGCAUUUAAUUAUAUGUUGAACGUAUAUUGCAUCUGUCACAAAUGGAUAAAAGAGCGGAGCCACGGUAUGAUACAGUAUUCUUCUGUAUGAACGAACUAUAUCCCAUGUCUG